AUGCAGCUCAUCAACCUCUUCAACCACAAAUCCAAACCCCCCAAAAAGGCCAAAAAGUCCACCAACAACCCAAGAACAGAUUACUUCGGCGACUGGGAGGCCCACGUAACACACCACCUCACGACCACGCAUCCAAAACGGUAUUCCAAGGUUACCAUCCCGCCACCUCCGACACCUACGUUCGAGAGGAAGACGCAUCGGACGAGUGUUUUGCCCGUUGAGAUCGUUGAGGAGGACGAGGAAGACGAGGGGAAAGAGCAGGUUUGUUAUUUCGAGACGAAGGAGAAAGUAGAGAAAAGGGAUAGACUGGAUAGGAGGGGACGAACAAGAACAAGCAGAGUCAUGAACGAAAAACGGGAUUUGUGUAAAGUCGAGACGGUCUGUUGUGAUGGGGACAUCACCCCCGGGUGCGGGUUACGACGUAUGGAGACGGAGAUUACGAGGGUUAAUGGACGGCCGAAGUUACCUCGUGCGCAGCGGUAUGUGGGUGCUUAUGGACGCGCGGCGAUGCAGUCACUGGAGAAGUUUGAGAAUGAGAGGGGGGUGUUGAAAUGGAAUGGGAAUGAUAAGAGGUGGUCGAUGAGAGCGGUCGACGAAGAAGAUGGAAUGAAAAGUUUUGAGUAUAGAACACCGUACUCGAGAUACUCCAUGGUGGUCCCAUCUGUUUCCCGAUUGGCGGAGGAUCCUUCACGACGAUCUGCUCCGAAUUCGCCUAGGAACUCGGUUCAUGGGCUCUCGAGACGUCUGCAUUCUCAGUCUCCGUCGAGACACUCGUUGAGGGAUUUCUCGGGACGGUCGGUGCAUUCGCAGAGUCCUAGGAAUUCCUACCAUUCUCCUUCCAGGAGUUCGCUUAGAAGUUCUUCGCGGCAUUCCGUUCAUAGUCCCUCGAGGUUACCUACGCAAGGUCUAUCAAGAGGUUCUGUCCAACAGUCUUCUACCAGGCAUUCCGUCCACGGUCCUUCAAAGAUGUCCUCUCAGUAUGUUCCUGGAUAUGCCAUCCAGACUGCUUAUAGGGAUUCGAUUCAGGUUCUCACGGAGCAGCAGUUGGCGGCUGCAAGAUUGGCGACAGCAGGCAUGUCGAAUUCUACAAGGAGUAGUUUUGAGCUUCCGAGACGUGGGGAACAUAUUGAAUAUGUGAGUGCUUCCUAA